AUGGUGAAGGUCGCACGUGCUUUUCCUCGCCGCACGUGUCCUAGUUGCUCUGGGUCACUCGUCAAGACCAUCACUGGCCCUCGCGACGUCAGCAAGGGCGUCCUCAUCGGGAGUGAAUCUUUAUCCAAGACGAGCACUCGUGUCAGUCGUUGUGUCCGAAAGGGCUGUCGGGUUUACGUUCGUCACAACUACAUGCGGAUCGCCGGAGAAAAGAUCAACGUUCUCUCCUUCAAUCAAAUGAAAGCAGCUGGUGUGUAUUUCGUGACCACCAAGAGCAUUCACCAUGACAGGAGGCUGCGGUCCGAGUUCUUCUUCAUCAAGGACAUGACGAUCUUCCAGAUCAUCGAACCUUCCGCUUAUGCUGUGGCGAAGCGAACACCUGACCAGGUUGUCUCCUUCAACGUCGACUAUCCGGCCAAGGAGGUAGUCCGACUUAGCCGCAGUCAGCCUUUGCUUUUCCAUCCCAUGAACGGCGUGCGAGAGGUGGCCAUGGAUGGGAAUUUCGGCUUGCAUCGUCAUCUUCUUCCAGGUGUCGACCCUCCCCGGACCAAGCAAUUGCCAGGACGACCACGGAAAGCUCUUCGUGAGGAUGAGCGAUCGUGUAGCUGUGCCAGAAAGGAUUCUCUCCACUUGGCACUGCCACAGCGGACUGCGGGAUGGCAGUUCGCAGUGGACCCUUCGUCCAGAAAGGUCUUGGCGGCUUUGGAGCACAAAGCCAGUGAGUCUCAUGGAGACAAGGUUCGCUUGUUGCAUGGACUUUUUGCAGAUCCGCAAUGUGUUCCUGACGUCCUGAUCCAUGACGACGCGUGUCACUUGGAGGCCUAUGUCCGGAAGCAUCAUCCUGACAGUUUCCCUAGUGUCAAACACUUCAUAGUGGAUGCCUUUCACCGCCGCAACCACAAAUGCAGCAAGCGGGAAUUGACCGUGUCGCAGAAGCGACGCUGCAACAGGGUCCGGACAAACAUGUCCGAAAGCUUCAAUGCUUGGAUCCGCGCCCUGAAUUUUUUCGUCAAUUCGCUUCGGCCCCACAGCCAUGCAUUCUGGAUUGAGGAAGCCUGCCUGUUUUAUAACACGAAUCUUGCUCCUCUGCCCACAUUCGUAGCACGACCGCGGGGACGCCGCAAUGUCAAGGCUCGCAUGAUGAAGAAGCCUGCCGCCAUUCGCAAGCGGCCAAGCAGCCGUAGGUAG